AUGGGUAGCUACACGUUCAAGUGGGAGCAUCCCGCCGAAGAAGUGUUCGUCACGGGCACUUUCGACAACUGGACAAAGAGCGAGCAGCUGGUCAAGGUGGGCGAUGUCUUCCAGAAGACGGUGCCUCUCAAGGAUGCCUCGCAGAAGAUAUACUUCAAGUACGUCGUCGACGGAAACUGGACGGUAAACGAAUCCGCCCCCAAAGAGGCCGACCACGAGGGCAACAUCAACAACUUCAUCACGCCCGAGGACAUCCUUCAGUCCGACCCCGCAGCUGCCUUGGUCAACACCGUUACUCCUCAGUCCACCACCGCCGCAAUGGCCUCUGAACAGCCCAUUGACAAGCCCGAGGGCGCCGCGACCCCUUCUGAUGUUCCUGGCGGCUUCCCCGUGACCCCCAGCACCGAGCUGGACAAGCCCGUCGGCGUCAAUCCUCUGCCCGCUGCUGCCGGCGCCGUCAACCCCUUCAAGCUCGAGCCUGGCGAGAAGGUCCCCGACGUCGGCAUCGAGAGCACCAACGACCACGUCAAGCUGGACAAGGAGUCUUACGAGAAGAGCGACGCCCUUCCCGGCGUUGACGUCGCCGACCUGCCCCCUGUCACCAGCAACCUGAUUCCCGAAUCCAGCCUUCCUGUCACUGCCGCCGGGGACGUCAACAUCAACACUGUCGGCUCCGGCGCCACAAGCCUCGGCCUGGCCGCCCAGGUCCCGCUCGAGGCCAAGAUCCCCGAUGCCACCAAGGUUCCCGAAGUCGUCAAGGAGAGCCAAGAAAAGGCCCACGUCGAGCCCGAGGCCGCAGCCGUCCCCGAAGAAGUCGCGGACAAGGCCAAGGUCGAGGAGGAGCUCAAGGAAAAGGUCCCCGAAGCUCCCGCCACCUCUGAGGGCACUGCCGGCGUCGGCACCGAGAAGUCGGAGUCGGAUGUGGACCCCGCUGCUGCCAUUGCUGCCGCUGCUGCCACGACCGGCGCCGCCGUCCUUGCUGCCGUCACUGCCGCCAAGGAUAACAUUGUCGAGACCGCCGCGCCCGUCGCCAACGAUGCUGCUGCCGCUGCUUCUGCCGCCGCCAACGAUGCUGUUGCGGCCGCUGCUGAAGUCGCCAGGCAGAACCUCCCCGACUCCGUCAAGGAGAAGCUGCCUGAGCCCGUCCAGGAGGUCCUGGCUCAGCAGGAGACCGCCGUCAAGGAGGAAACUCGCGAGGAAGUCUCCCCCGAGGUCCCCGCCGAGGUCAAGGAGUCCAUCACUGAGGCCGGCAAGAGCCCCGAGGCUGCCGCCAACACUGUUGCUGUCGAGGAGAAGAAGGAGGUCGAGGCUGAACUGCUGAAGGAGGUCAAGCCCGUACCGCCUGUCGACGAGACCAAGACCGAGGAGACCAAGACCGAGGAGGCCAUCGAUAGCCCUGUGACCGAGGUCAGCAACGUCCAGGUCACCAAGACCGAGGUUCCUGUCGAGGAGCUCACCGCCCCCGUCAUCGAGGAGCCCAAGGCCGUCGAGGUGACCAAGGUUGAAGAGCCCCAGACCGUCGAGGCCAAGGUCGAGGCCCCCGCCGCCGAAGUAGCUGCUCCCGCUCCCAUCGACACGACGGUUGCUUCGGAAGCCCCCAAGACUGACGGCCCCGCCGUCGAUACCCCCGUGACCGAGACCGACAAAACCGAGGUGCCCCCUACCGAGACGGCCGCGGAGCCCACCAAGGCCGACGCCAACGGCAACGGCGCCAACGGCGCUCACUCCGAUAAGGGGUCUGAGAAGAAAAAGAAUCGUUUCAGCGCCUUCUUCAGCCGAUUCACCAGGCACAAGCACACAGAGAAGAACUAG